GAGGACAAAGAAGAUGGAGAGAAGACAGAAAACAAGAAAAACUAUAUUUCAAAAGUAUAUCUUUAUAGACACAUAAAUGUAUAUAUGCACACACACACACAGACACACACACAUAUAUACAUGUAUGCACAUUUAUACAUAUGUAGAUGAUGAAUGUGUCACAGGAGCGACACAAUGUCCCUUAAAAGAUUUUAUUUGGAUGAUUAUUUCAAAUCAGCUGCUCCACCCUCGUUCGGUCAUGGUUUGACUACGUCACAGCCUACCUGCUGCGCCUCACGUGCCCCCACCUGCGCUCCCCGAGGAAGUCCCCGCCCACCCCUCGUGACGCAAACAGACCCCGCCCCCCGUGGUGCGCAGUAAGGGGAACUCCUGCUUCCUCCCGGCCGCACUCGCUCCCCGGUUCGGUGAGAGAAGAAGCUCCGGUCCGUCUGGUGACGUCAUGUCGCUGCUUCAGCAGCUCCGCGAGGAGAGUGACUUUGAUCAGCUGCCCGAUGACAUCCCCGUCAGCACCACCAUCGCCGACAUCGAGGAGAACAAAGGCUUCAUCGACUACUUCGUGUUCGUGAUGGAGGUGAAAACCAAAGGGGGCAGCAAGUACCUCAUCUACAGGAGGUACAGGGACUUCUUCAACCUGCACCAGGUCCUGGAGUCCAGGUACAGCCCCGAGAACCCGGAUCGGUCCGGACCCAGCACCUGCGUCCUGCCGUCCCUCCCAGGGAAGGUCUUCAUUGGGAACAAGAGGGAGAUCGCAGAGAGCAGGAUCCCUGAGCUCAACACCUACAUGAAGAGGCUGCUGGCCCUACCAACAUGGCUGCACCUGGAUGAGGCUCUCCGGAUGUUCUUCUACCAGACGGAGCAGGACAGUCAGCAUCACCCGAGCGCCCUCCGGCGUCUCCGCCCGCCGACCCGCAAAGUGAAGACGGUGAAACCAAAGAUGGACCUCUUCUCGUCCCCCAGGGCCGAGGCGAUUUUUGACUUUCGCGGCAACAGCAAGGCGGAGUUGAACCUGAAGAAGGGAGAAGUGAUCUUCCUUCUGCAACGAGUCAAUGCAGACUGGCUGGAGGGCACCGCCAACAACCAAACGGGUAUUUUCCCACAAUCCUUUGUGAAGAUCAUUAAGUCCCUCCCAGAGAGCGACUCAGAGGGCGAGGGGGGCGGCCCCUGCUACAGCUGCCUGCGCUGCUUCCUGCUCACGCCCUCGGGGGUCCAGACCAGGGAUGUGUGUGUGCAGGAGGACCUCAGCAUCCAGCCGGCGCACAAGGACCUUCUCUCUCAGAUGAGGAAUGUCUUCAAAGUGGACGACAUCGCCCUGAACUACCGCGACCCCGAAGGCGACCUCAUCCGCCUCCUGGACGACGAGGACGUCCAGCUGAUGGUCCGAGAGAGCAGAGGUCGCCGCGGGAAGGUCAACAGACCUGUCAAUCAGUUUCCAUGGGAACUGUACGUGACCUUGGCCUGCGACCUCUCGGUGUACCGCGCUGAGGCCUGAGAGCAGGGGGGUCAUACAUUCAUUCAGUCACUGCUGUAGUAAUAAACCUUAAUAAACCUUAACUUAAUGCAG